AUGUCAAAUUUUGACUACCCUUUACAAGACGAGCAGUCUAAAUUUGACUACAAGUUAGUCAAUCUGAAUGGAAAGUUAUCAGAGGUACCCUUGCAUACAAAGUAUCAAAAAUUGUCAUUACUUGAAUCAAGAAACAUUCAAGCUGAAAUUUCAAGUCACCCUUGUUCAACUGUGGAUGAGAAACGAGAGAAUCGUCGCAAACGAAAUGCCAGGGAGGACGAUCCUAGGGAGUUUGAAUGUUUUGUUUCUUGUGACGAAAUGACAUCUUCUGAUACAGACUCAAAUACGCAAGUAUCUUCAACACAAGCGCAAGCGCAAAUACAAGCACAAACACACUCAUAUUGUACAAAUGCAUUGGCACAUCCUCCGUCAAAGAAAAGACUCACAUCUAACUCUAACCACUCUGGCGGGGUUUCCACCAGCGGAGUUCAAGCUGAUCCUGCUAAUCUCUCGUCAUCAAAUAUCUUUGGAGGCUCAACAACAGCAACGACAACAACAACAACAGCAACAAGUACUACUACUACUACUACUUCUACUACCAGCGGCGGCAGCGGCGGCGGCAACGGCGGCGUAGGAACCCACAACCAAACUACAUCAAACCUCUCACGUGAUCACAAUCGUCGCCCAAAAACACCAACGCAAAUGAACUCACCGAGCCAUACACCUGUAUCUGACGUGGAGGAGGAAGAUCAAAUACAGCAACUCCCUCUACCAUCACCAAGUGCUUCUCCCGCACAGCUGGAUCAUGAAAACGAUAUGAGCUCUGUGCCAGACACUCCUCAUGAAAUGAUACGAAAAUCAAAUUUAAACCUUCUUGAAAGCCACAUGGCUGCCGUUCCUAACACACAAGGCGAGUUGAUCAACCUCAUAAAUUAUUUGUCAAAAUUUCUAACUCCAGAAAACCAGAACCACAUCAUAUUUAGGUUUCUUCAAAACACCAACCGCUCUACUUUAAGUACUUUCAACGGGUUGAUCCAUAAUUGUUUGAAAAGGGAUUUAAUUGGAAAUUUUCCUUUUGAGAUUGCCACUAAAGUGCUAUCGCAUCUUGAUCACAAAACACUACUUUCACUUGGUCUUGUCUGCAAAAGAUGGUUCCUGAUUAUCAAUAAUUCUGAGUUGUGGAUCCGUUUGCUUAAAAAGGAUAAGCUAAUCACACACGAGGCGGCUAUCAAAGAGGAGUUGCUGCAAUCGGACACAUUGAUAAGUCAGUGGUGUACUUUACCUGACAGAAUAAACCCAGCGCAGGUUUUGUAUAAAAAGAGGAAGAUAAUUGUUAACCGGUGGUUAGAUCCAAAAUAUAAGCCUAAAAGAAUAAGUGUAACUGGCCACGGAAAUAAGGUUGUUACUUGUUUACAGCACGAUGAGGAAAAAAUUGUCACUGGAGUUGAUGAUAAGUGCAUACUAAUAUACAGCACCAAAACGGGGCAGUUACUAAAGGUGUUGGACGGCCAUGAGGGAGGUGUUUGGGCGUUGAAGUAUAGAGGCAACACAUUGGUAACUGGAUCAACCGAUCGAACUGUACGAGUUUGGAAUAUGACCACGGGGAAAUGCACACAUAUUUUCCGUGGUCAUACUUCGACCAUCAGGUGUCUAGAUAUUAUUGAACCAACCGUUAUUGGCAAGGAUGCAAAUGGCCUGGACAUUAUUUUUCCUGAGUAUCCGCUACUAGUUACUGGAUCUCGCGACCAUAACAUUCAUGUGUGGAGAUUGCCUAUACUCAGUGACGAUGAUAGCGAGGGACCAGUAUUUGAUGGUGGCGAGAUGGACAAUCCUUAUUUGAUAGCUGUUUUAUCCGGUCAUACCCAAUCUGUUCGAUCCAUAUCUGGAUGUGGCAACAUAAUAAUCUCAGGAUCGUAUGAUUCAACUGUUAGAGUCUGGGACUUGUUGGAUAGCGGCAAUUGUAAACACAUUUUACAAGGUCACCAAGACAGAGUAUAUUCAACAGCAAUCGAUUUCAAAAGAAAUGUUUGUUUUUCUGGGUCGAUGGACUCAACGAUAAACGUGUGGAAUUUCGAAACAGGUGAAUUGCUCAAGAUUUUGGAGGGCCACUCGUCUCUUGUUGGUUUGCUAGCUUUAGUCGAUGACGUUUUGGUAUCUGCUGCUGCGGAUGCAUCAUUGCGAAUUUGGGAUCCGGUGACAGGGGAGUUGAGGAGCAAGUUGAAGGGCCAUGCUGCGGCCAUAACUUGUUUUGAACAUGAUGGAUUAAAGGUUGUCAGUGGAAGUGAAAAGAUGUUGAAGCUAUGGGAUGUGGAAAAGGGUGUUUUUGCUAGAGACUUGUUAAAUGAUGUUACUGGUGGUAUAUGGCAAGUAAGAAUAGAUCACAAGCGAUGCGUUGCUGCUGUGCAGAGAUUCAAUAGCGACGAUGAGGGUGAGACUUUUAUUGAAAUUCUAGAUUUCAGUGAGCCGCCCAAAUUGAGAGAUCAGACAGAAAACUUAUUAUUAUACAAUCAAAUCACUUAG